GUCUUACUGUGUCUAGCUAGCUCGCGCGUUAAUCUAGCAAAAAUCCAAAUUAUCAGCCACGCCACCGCCGUGACAGAGCUGCGAUUGCGUCCGUUAGACAGCGCGCGACGCCCUAGACAACGCGUGACGCAGCAGCGGCUAGAGCCCCGGCGCUUAAAAAAAGAGUUGGCCCACCCGAGCACGCGCCGCGCGCAUGCGCCGCACCGCCGUCGAGGAAGAGGCCCCCAUGCUCGAGAUGACGCCCGUCGUCGCACCCGGAGAAGACGCCAAGGACGAGGAGGCCGGCGAGCCCGGCGCGCCCGGGACCCAGACGCCGACGCCAGACGAGGGCUUGGCGGGAGAGUUCGCGGUCGGGGCAGGUGUCCCGAGGACCUGGGACGACCCCCACGAGGGCUGCCCCGACGACUGCGGGCCGGACGGGCCCUGCGUGAAAUAUGGAAGAAGGAACGUCGCGAGGUUUUGUAAAUGCCUUGGUGCCCGAAGGUUGGGCUACAUGGCCGUGCUGCGCUGGAAGAACGUCAAGGGCAAGCCGGCGCCCAUGCCCGGCGGGGCCGUUCGCAGGACGAAACUUUUGUGUAUUGUUGGUCCCUUUUGGCCCUUCACUUGCUGUGUGACGUUCCCGCUCAUCUUUCUGAUCAGCGGCGCGAUUGGGAUUGCUGUGUUACCGGACAGAGCUCUGGUCACCAAAAUAGUCUGGGCUUUAUCAGUGUUGUGCCUGGUCACGGCGUUGUCGUGUGUGGCCUUCCGAGAUCCAGGGAUUCUGAGGCGCCAUCCGGAAAAACCGGAAGCCAAUUGGCGCUGGAACGACCAAGCCAGGACCUUCCGGCCGCCCGGCGCGUGCUACGACGAGGAUCUCGGGUUGGUCGUCGAGGGUUUUGAUCAUGUCUGCCCGUGGACGGGGACGGGCAUCGGUCAGAGGAACAUGGGCGCCUUCCACUGCUUCGUGACCUUACUAUGCGUCUGCAUCGUCCUCGACGUGCUGAUCGUCAUGCGCGUGCUGCCGUGAUAGGUGGUACUAAGACGAAUCAUUUUUA